GUCAGCAUGAGCAGCGCGGAGGCUCUGGGCGCUCCGCCGGCGCCGGCCGGGGCGAGCUGGGGGCAGGUCGCGCGCUUCCCGGGGGCCAAGCUCAGCCGCUAGAGUGCCCGCAGGAGCCGCGGCCAGCACCGUGCCUCCGGGAGGCCCCCAGGCGCCGCGACUCGGCAGCCAGCAGGGACCCGGGACAGGCUAGCCCGGUGGGGCGCCGAGCGAUUGCCCACCUUGGACCGGGGCUGGGUUCACCCCGCCUGGGAUGCCGCGAACGCCGCCCUUGCCGCCUACCUGCAGACCUCUGAUGCGCCUGUCCUGGGGACUCUGAACUUCUGGAAAUCCGGAGACCUCGUCGGGUGGUUUUGUUUUUGCGUCAUCUUAAGCUAGUCUUUGGCUUUGGGAUUCUCGGCUACCUGGAUACGCCUUUUCCUUGGUGGGUAAGUCUCCCGGCGGAUCGCAGCACCAGCAGCCAACCCCGGGGAGCACCAGCCUUUAAAAUCGCAGCCUGGAGCCACCUGGGGAUAGAGAAGAGGACUCAACUCCCCACCAAGCAUCAGAUGCCAGCUCUGAAAAACUCUUCAAUACCGUUAUUGUAAACAAAGAUUCGGAGUUGGGUGUUGGCACACUUCCCGAACACGACAGCCAGGAUGCAGGGCCGAUCGUCCCCAAGAUAUCUGGUCUAGAGAGAAGCCAGGAGAAGAGCCAGGACUGUGGCAAAGAGCCGAUCUUUGAGCCUGUGGUGCUGAAAGACCCCUGCCCGCAGGUCCCGCAGCCGCCGCCCCAGCCCCAGGCAGAGCCCCAGCCCAGAGCUCCCGCUCAGGACCCUGACUCUGUGCAGCGCCCAGAGGCCCCGCCUCAGCCCCCACGACCGAGCACACAGCCACCGCAGGCGCCCCCCGAGGCCCAGCUUCCACCGGCUCCCAAGCCUCCUGUGCAGAGGCCACCCCGGCUGCAGUCCCCCCAGCUGCUGCACCAGAGCCUGCCCCCUGUGCAGGCCCACCCCGCCUCCCAGAGCCUGCCCCAGCCCCUGUCGGCCUACAACAGCAGCAGCCUGAGCCUCAACAGCUUAAGCAGUAGCAGAAGCAGCACUCCAGCGAAGACUCAGCCGGCCCCUCCUCACAUCUCCCACCACCCCUCAGCCUCCCCGUUCCCGCUCUCACUGCCCAACCAUAGCCCACUGCACAGCUUCACACCUACCCUCCAGCCCCCCACACACUCCCAUCACCCCAAUAUGUUUGCCCCUCCCACUGCUCUGCCUCCUCCACCACCGCUGACAUCAGGGAGUCUGCAGGUCCCCGGACACCCGGCCGGGAGCACUUACUCAGAGCAAGACAUCCUGCGACAGGAACUGAACACGCGCUUCUUGGCCUCUCAGAGUGCUGACCGCGGGGCCUCCCUGGGCCCGCCGCCCUACCUGCGCACCGAGUUCCACCAGCACCAGCACCAGCACCAGCACACGCAUCAGCACACGCACCAGCACACCUUCACGCCGUUCCCCCACGCCAUCCCGCCCACCGCCAUCAUGCCGACGCCAGCACCUCCCAUGGUGCGUACCCCAGGCAGAAAUUUUGACAAAUACCCUACAAAAGUUGACCCAUUCUACCGGCACAGUCUCUUCCAUUCCUACCCUCCUGCGGUGUCGGGCAUCCCCCCUAUGAUUCCACCCACUGGCCCCUUUGGUUCACUACAAGGAGCAUUUCAGCCGAAGACAUCCAACCCGAUCGAUGUUGCUGCUCGACCUGGGACAGUCCCGCACACUCUACUUCAAAAGGACCCGAGGUUGACAGAUCCUUUCAGACCUAUGUUAAGGAAACCAGGGAAGUGGUGUGCGAUGCACGUGCACAUCGCCUGGCAGAUCUACCACCACCAACAGAAAGUCAAGAAACAGAUGCAGUCAGACCCACAUAAACUGGACUUCGGACUGAAACCCGAGUUCCUGAGCCGUCCUCCGGGCCCCAGCCUCUUCGGAGCCAUCCACCACCCCCACGACCUGGCACGGCCUUCGACCUUGUUCUCUGCCGCAGGUGCUGCACACCCCACGGGGACCCCUUUUGGGCCGCCUCCUCAUCACAGCAACUUCCUCAACCCUGCUGCUCACCUCGAGCCUUUCAACCGGCCGUCUACGUUCACCGGCCUGGCAGCAGUUGGUGGCAAUGCCUUCGGGGGACUUGGAAAUCCUUCAGUUACACCCAACUCAAUGUUCGGCCACAAGGAUGGCCCCAGUGUGCAGAACUUUAGCAACCCUCACGAGCCCUGGAACCGGCUGCACCGAACGCCUCCGUCGUUCCCGACCCCUCCGCCCUGGCUGAAGCCAGGGGAGCUGGAGCGUGGCGCGUCCGCUGCAGCUCAUGACAGAGAUAGAGAUGUAGAUAAACGAGACUCAUCUGUUAGUAAAGAUGACAAAGAAAGGGAAAGUGUGGAGAAGAGACACUCCAGCCACCCUUCACCAGCACCUGUCCUCCCGGUGAGCACCCUGGGACACACCCGCGGCUCCACUGAACAGAUCAGGGGUCAUUUGAACACUGAGGCUCGCGAGAAAGACAAAUCCAAAGAGAGGGAGAGGGACCACUCGGAGUCCCGCAAGGACCUGACCGCGGAGGAGCACAAGGCGAAGGAGGGCCACCUGCCCGAGAAGGACGGCCACGGCCACGAGGGGCGAGCCGUAGGCGAAGAGGCCAAGCAGCUGGCCCGGGUGCCGUCGCCCUACGCGCGGACCCCUGCCGUGGAGGGCGCCAGGCCCAACAGCACCUCGAGCCGCGAAGCUGAGCAGCGCAAGAGCGAGCCGGCCUACGAGAACCCCAAGAAGAGCUCAGAGGUCAAGGUGAAGGAGGAGCGCAAGGAAGACCACGACCUCCCCGCGGAGGCCGCGCAGACCCACCGGUCCUCGGAGCCGCCGCCUCCCCACUCCUCGUCCAGCGUGCACCCGGGGCCCCUGGCUUCCAUGCCCAUGGCGGUGGGGGUGACGGGCAUUCACCCCAUGAACAGCAUCGGCAGCCUGGACAGGACUCGCAUGAUGACGCCCUUCAUGGGCAUCAGUCCCAUCCCGGGCGGAGAGCGGUUCCCGUACCCUUCUUUCCACUGGGACCCCAUUCGGGACCCUCUGAGGGAUCCCUACCGAGAACUUGACAUUCACCGGAGAGACCCGCUGGGCAGGGACUUUCUGCUGAGGAACGACCCCCUCCACCGUCUCUCGACCCCCCGGCUGUACGAAGCUGACCGCUCCUUCAGGGACAGGGAGCCCCACGAUUACAACCACCAUCACCACCACCACCACCACCCGCUGUCCGUGGACCCGCGGCGGGAGCACGAGCGGGGCGCGCACCUGGACGAGCGGGAGCGCCUGCACAUGCUCCGGGAGGACUACGAGCACUCGCGGCUGCACCCCGUGCACCCCGCCUCGCUGGACGGACACCUGCCGCACCCCAGCCUCCUCACGCCGGGGCUCCCCAGCAUGCACUACCCCCGAAUCAGCCCCACCGCGGGGCACCAGAACGGACUCCUCAACAAGACCCCUCCCACCGCCGCACUGAGCGCGCCGCCCCCACUCAUCUCCACGCUGGGGGGCCGCCCGGUCUCCCCCAGAAGGACUACUCCUCUGUCGGCAGAGAUGAGGGAGAGGCCGCCUUCCCACACGCUGAAGGAUAUCGAAGCGCGAUAAGGAGAGUACAGGCCACGGGAGAGGAGGCCCACCAACAGCGCCAGACCCGGAGCGGAGGGAGCCAGCGGGCGCCCGCGUCCCUGACGGACUGGGGGGCAGGAGCCCCAGCUCUCCCUGUAAACAAUGUAUAGACUCAGUGCAGAUUUUGAAAUGUUUUUGUAUAUUAUAUGUUGAAAUUUUUCAGAUAUUUUAGCCAAGUCAUAUGUUCUCAUGUGUCCAACCCUUUUGGUUUCUCGUACAAAACUUUUUGAUUUGAACCAAAACAGUGAAGAUGACAACACACACUGAUGUGUUCAUUGGGGAGAAAACAGACAGACAGCAGUCCGCACGAGCCACCGUGCAAGCUCUUUCAGAGGAGAAGGGAAGGCCUUGUACAUAGUUGUGUAAAAAAAAGAUUGCUUCAUGAGCUAAGGGUUCAUAUAUGCAAAAGGGUAAGAUGAAAGCUUUACUUUGUACAAAUGUAAAUAGGUAAAGAUUAAGUAACAUAAUACAUUAAUACUUCUUAAAAUGUGCUCUUUGCAAACUUAAUCUCAGUGAACACGGUCCGUGCGGCUGUGUUCCCCUGUAUUGUUAGAGACAGCUAAACCCUUCAACUAUGCAAUGAAUGUUCAGGCUUUUCACAAAAGCCCGCCCAACUCAAAGGAGCCUUUUCAGAUCCAUUUACAACAUACUUAAGGUCAUAUUUUCCCUGAACAAGCGCUUAUGUGAUAGGACUCUGUUUUCCUUGCUUAUUUUUUCAAAUACAGAAACAUCCUCUUUUGCAAAUUGGACCCCAGGCCGAAAUUUUGGCUCUAAAGUUGCUGCUUGUGGGCUCCUGGGGCAGAGGGUGGCCCCAGGGAGGUCAGAGGCCAUGAGCAGCCAGUGCCGGGGAGGCCAGGAGUGGUCAGAUGCCAAAAUCAGGGGACACGAACCGGUUGCCAGCAUCUCACCACCAUCAGUCAUGUGAUUUCACACAUACCUCAUGUGGGAACCAUGCGUUUUUUUAGUGUGUCCUAUUUCCUACCCGUACACACUUCCUCGUUUUGUAAUGAGAUUCAGUCACACCCAAACAGAUCCUGAAAGAAAGCUUUGCGUUUUCUCAGAUGAUGGAUAUGUUUUCACUAUUCAGUAACCAACAGAUCAAAAGGGCACGUUUCCUAAUGUGACUCCCUGUAUUCUAGUCAGUGAUAAAGUCUGGGAGCGGCCUCGCAGAGCCGCGGAGCGGAGCGUUACCGAGGGUGGAAGGUGGCUGAGACAAAGUCUUGUGUGUGCGUGUGUUUUUAAGUUUGCAUCAAUCUUAAUGUCUCCUCAUAAUACUUUUAUAAUACAUUAAGCCUCUUGUCUACAUAUUUGGAGAGAAUAUGACUUUACUAGCAGAGAAAUACAAUAUAUCUUGUCUACUGGACUGUAAAAUAUAUGUACGAAAUAAAAUUAGUUCCAUUGGUCUUCUAGUAUAUUAAAGUGCUAUCUGACGUUGUUAUCCUGUUUUUGGAGAAAAAAAAAGUUAACUACAGACCAUUGUUUCUAAUAAGCAGAGAGAUCUAUUUUAGUAGUAAACUGAAGGUUUAGUUGUGAGCUUCAGAAUUUUGUGAACUCCAGAUAUUGUGCAGUGGUUUUUUUUUUGGCUUUUUUUUUUUUUUUAAGACAACAACUAAAAAGGAAAAAGAAUCCAAGGAAUAUGUACACUGGAACUGUAGUGGUAGCUUCAGUAUUGUAAAGAGAUUGUUCUAUACGGACCUUUUGCUGUUUCUCCUGUAUGUAAUAAAGUCCUUUCUAGACCCUAUGUGAACAGAAAAGUGAAGCGACUGACUUCAGCAUGUUCUCAGCGGCGGAGCCUUCUUGUGUAAUGUAAACUGUGCCAUGUUAUUAAAAAAUGUGAACGAA